UGCUAACGCAAAAAAUCUUUGUUGAUUCUGUUUUGAACAAUGUGUUUACGAUUGGUAUGUGUGUGUUAUGUUUGGUAAGAGUUAAUUGUAGGCCAGGAUAAGUCUAUUACUGAAAUUGUGACUCAGAAGAAACCUUAUUCAUACUAAUAUCAAUUUCCGGUGGUGAGCAACAUUUCUGGGACAUGGAUCGGAAAUAUAAUCAUCGGCUGCUGACCCACGUCCACCUCAUCCCUGAGCCGAUUAUAGACAGAGGGCCAGUACAAUACGGUCCUCCGUCCCCAGCAAAACGACGUGUGGUGCAGCAGCAGCAGCCACAGACGCGUGAGGUGUGUCCACAUCUGCUGCUGCAUACGCCUGAGGUGCGUCCGCGUGUGCUGCUGCAUACGCCUGAGAUGCGUCCGCGUCUGCUGCUGCGUACGCCUGAGGUGCGGCCACCUCUGCUGCAGACACCUGAGGCGCGGUCGAUUCUGAUGCAGACAUCUGAGGCCGAGGCGCCUCUACUGAAGAUACCUCAGCCCCGGCGGCCUCUGCUGCAGGCACCUGAGAUGCGGGCACCUCUGUUGCAAACACGUGAUGCACGGCGGCCUCUGCUGCAGACGCAUGAGGUGCAGCCGCUUGUGUUGCAAACACCUGAUGCGCGGCUGCCUCUACUUCAGGCGCCUGAGGCACAGGCAGCACUUGAGGUGCGGUCACCUCUGCUGCAAACACCUGAAGUGCGUCCGCCUCUUCUGCAGACACCUGAUGUGCGGGAGCCUCUGCUGCAGACACCUGAUGUGCGGGAGCCUCUGCUGCAGACACCUGAUGUGCGGGAGCCUCUGCUGCAGACACCUGAUGUGCGGGAGCCUCUGCUGCAGACACCUGAUGUGCGGGAGCCUCUGCUGCAGACACCUGAUGUGCGGGAGCCUCUGCUGCAGACACCUGAUGUGCGGGAGCCUCUGCUGCAGACACCUGAUGUGCGGGAGCCUCUGCUGCAGACACCUGAUGUGCGGGAGCCUCUGCUGCAGGCGCCUGAUGCGCGGCUGCCUCUGCUGGAGAUGCCUGAUGCGCGGCCGCCUCUGCUGGAGAUGCCUGAUGCGCGGCCGCCUCUGCUGGAGAUGCCUGAUGCGCGGCCGCCUCUGCUGGAGAUGCCUGAUGUGCGGCCGCCUCUGCUGGAGACGCCUGAUGUGCGGCCGCCUCUGCUGGAGACGCCUGAUGUGCGGCCGCCUCUGCUGGAGACGCCUGAUGUGCGGCCGCCUCUGCUGGAGACGCCUGAGGUGCGGGAACCUCUGCUGCAGACGCCUGAGGUGCGGGAACCUCUGCUGCAGACGCCUGGGUUGCGGGAGCCUCUGCUGCAGACACCUGAGGUGCGGGAGCCUCUGCUGCAGACACCUGAGGUGCGGGAGCCUCUGCUGCAGACACCUGAGGUGCGGGAGCCUCUGCUGCAGACAACUGAGGCGCGGCCGCCUCUGCUGCAGACACCUGACGUGCGGCCGCCUCUGCUGCAGACACCUGACGUGCGGCCGCCUCUGCUGCAGACACCUGACGUGCGGCCGCCUCUGCUGCAGACACCUGACGUGCGGCCGCCUCUGCUGCAGACACCUGACGUGCGGCCGCCUCUGCUGCAGACACCUGACGUGCGGCCGCCUCUGCUGCAGGCGCCUGACGUGCGGCCGCCUCUGCUGCAGGCGCCUGACGUGCGGCCGCCUCUGCUGCAGGCGCCUGACGUGCGGCCGCCUCUGCUGCAGGCGCCUGACGUGGGGCCGCCUCUGCUGCAGGCGCCCGACGUGCGGCCGCCUCUGCUGCAGGCGCCCGACGUGCGGCCGCCUCUGCUGCAGGCGCCCGACGUGCGGCCGCCUCUGCUGCAGGCGCCCGAUUCGCGGCCGCAUCUGCUGGAGGCGCCCGAUUCGCGGCCGCAUCUGCUGGAGGCGCCCGAUUCGCGGCCGCAUCUGCUGGAGGCGCCCGAUUCGCGGCCGCAUCUGCUGGAGGCGCCCGAUUCGCGGCCGCAUCUGCUGGAGGCACCCGAUGCGCGGCCGCAUCUGCUGGAGGCGCCCGAUGCGCGGCCGCAUCUGCUGGAGGCGCCCGAUGCGAGGCCACCAGACAUUUAA